UUGUGGAAGAAUAUUACUGUUCAGAGUAAUGCAUUACCAAACAAUACAGGAUGCUUCGUUCUCGAGUCCAUAUUCAAAUCCAGAUACAAAUGUUAAUACAUUUGCUGGAGUCUUUCCAUUUGAUCACCUACAGCGAGAAAGGUCUCAUCCGGCAAUGUUUGCGCAGGAUAAUGCGCAUGUGCAGAAUAUCCUUCACAGAAAUGAAAAUGUUGCGUUCGAUACCCCUCAGCACCGAGCCACAACGCACUAUCGUCGGCAGCAGUAUGUUGGCCAUUUUGUAAACAUACCGGACAUGCGCGAUUCUACCAACUGGAAAAAUCCUGCAGAAAGCAACUUGCUUUAUCUGGACCUGGACAAAAUGGGAAAAGCCAUGCCUAGUGGAAGAAGUCGCAGCUAUAUUGAUGCUUUGCCUGGUAGUUACACCGACCAGCAGUCUCAAAGCAGCAUUCAAAGCUCAGAGGUCGGAGUUCACGAUAAUCGUCGUUACUGUUUUGGCAAUAAUCGGUUCGCACCGACGUCACAGGAAAUGAGGCAACCAAGGCGUCUUAGAGAAGAUGAGGUUGUGACUUACACGCCAACGACAGUGUUUGGAAAGUUGGACAUGACCAGCUAUAGCGACCACGACUUAAGCAAAGACGUCAUUUGUGCAGUGUGUGGAGACAGCGCCAAGUGUCAGCACUAUGGCGUCAGGACAUGCGAGGGAUGCAAAGGCUUCUUUAAAAGAUCUGUCCAGAAGAAUUCGAAUUAUGUCUGUGUUGGCGACAAGAAAUGCUUGAUUGACAAGAGCAGACGAAACCGUUGCCAAAGCUGCAGAUUCCAAAAAUGCCUGACCGUGGGGAUGAGCAAAGAAGUCGUUAGAAGCGGGCAGUUGAAAGGCCGGAGAGGGAGGCUACCGUCCAAGACAAAGCAGUCCGUGUUUUACCUGCCCCUAGACCCUUCCAAUUAGGUCAUGUGUCAACAUUUCCUUAUUUAGGUCAUGUGCCAACAUCACCUCACUGUCCAAUUGGGUCAUGUGUCAAUAUCACCUUAUUUAGGUCAUGUGUCAACAUCACUUUAUUUCGGUCAUUUGUCAAUGUCAUCUCACUGUCAAGUUAGGUCAUGUUUCAAUAUCACCCUAUUUGGGUCAUGUGUCCACAUCACCUUAUUAAGGUCAUGUGUCAACAUAAUCUUAUUUUGUUUUGUUAAUAUGAUUGAUAUAACGAUUGCCUGUGUGGCAGUUGUCUAUUUCUAUUAUUUUGUUUUAUUAUCAUUGUUAUUUUGAUUUUAUGAAUAAUGCAUUUGUUGUUGU